CGUGUUAACUAAGCAGAGCAGCAGAACAGAAUUGUAAACCAAACGCGAAGUUAAAUUGCAAAUAACGCGAAUUAUCAAACGAUCCGCAAAGAUAAUUAAUUAAAAAUGACUGGUCGCGGCAAGGGGGGCAAGGGGAAGGUGGUGCGCGAGAAUGCGACGGACGAUAGGGACGAUUUUCUGGUUUACGCGGCCGAGAAAAUAAUCCAAAAGCGCGUUAGAAAGGGCACCGUGGAGUACCGUGUGAAAUGGAAGGGCUGGAACCAGCGCUACAACACCUGGGAACCGGAGGUCAACAUCCUCGAUCGCCGCCUCAUCGACAUCUACGAGCAGAGCAACAAAUCCUCGGGCACUCCCUCCAAGCGGGGCCUCAAAAAGAAGGAGAAGGAGCCCGAUCCGGAGCCGGAAUCCGAGGAGGAUGAGUACACCUUCACCGGCGACGAUGUGGACUCCAAUCAGGCCACCACCUCGGCGGCAGGAUCCGGGCAGGAUCAGCAGGAGCCGAAGAAGGAGAAGAAGCACCAUCAGCAUCAUCACCACCAUCAUCAUCAUCACCACAUCAAGUCGGAGCGGAGCAGCAGUGGCAGGCGCUCCGAAUCCCCGCUGACCCAUCAUCAUCCGCACCAGCACCACCACCACGAGUCCAAGCGGCAGCGCAUGGAUCACAGCUCCUCCUCGAACAGCAGCUCCACGCACAACUCCUUUGUCCCCGAGGCGGACACCAACUCGUCCAGCUCCGAGGAUCAGCCGCUGAUCGGCACCAAGCGCAAGGCCGAGGUGCUCAAGGAGUCGGGCAAGAUUGGAGUGACGAUCAAGACCUCGCCCGAUGGGCCCACACUGAAGCCUCAGCCGGCGCAGCCCAUACAGCAGCAGCAACCGCCCUCCCAGGAUCAGCAGCAGCAGGCGGAGAAGGUUUCCAACGAGGCAGCUGCCACGCCGCUGAAGUCCGAGCUGCAGUCGGUCACCAACCCACUGGCCAUUGAAGCCACCACAACCGUCACACCUGCUGAAUCUGGAGCCGAGGAAGAGGAGGAGCCUCCACAGGUUCCUGCCGAGAACAACAACAUACCAAAAUCGUGCAACAACCUGGCCAUCAACCAGAAACAGCCGCUUACCCCCCUCUCGCCACGCGCCCUGCCGCCGCGCUUCUGGCUGCCGGCCAAGUGCAACAUAUCCAACAGCGUCGUGAUCACCGAUGUCACCGUCAACCUGGAGACCGUCACCAUACGCGAGUGCAAAACGGAGCGGGGGUUUUUUCGCGAGCGCGACAUGAAGGGCGACUCGUCGCCAGUAGCUUGAGUAGCUGCGGCCCAAACAAGUGCCGGCAAAACGACGAAACGGAAACCUGAAACAAUUGUAAAUAGACAAACCAAAAUGGGGGAGGAGCACUAACAAAUCCGCACUAGAUGUUGCUAAGCAUUUUCUCUUUAGAACGUAACUUAUUUAUUGUAUUUAUUUAUAGUGUAGUUAUUAGUUUGUUGUUUUAUUACAAUGUUUGAUGUGCAAGAGUAACCGGAGCAAUCGCAAGUCGCUCAUUUACUAAAAUUCUGAUUAUUUUAUCUAAUUAUUUUUGCUUAAUAUUUUAUACAAAUU